AUGCAAACAUCAGAGUCUAUAGUGAGGUGUGAAAAACGUAUUUUAACAACUCAAGAUUUAGAAUUCUUCUUGAGAAGCAGGAUAUAUGCAGAAAUUGUGAAGUUUAUUGAAGACCUUAGUAAAAGUAUUGUAGGUAAGGAGCUUGUAAACUACAAAGAUGUCCGAGACAAGGAUAAAAAUCACAACAAAGUUAUUUAUGGUAUUUUAGACCUAUUGGAUUUUUGUGAAAUAUUAAUUGAUGAAACUCCUCCUAUUCAACAACCUAUGAGGUUUGGCAAUAAGGCAUUUCAAAUGUGGUACGACAAAUUUAAGCAAGAAUGUCCUAAAUACUUAGAAAGUAAAGUUGUCCCAGAAAAAUAUCAUAAUUUAGUCUGUGAAGUAUCCAUCUAUAUUACUGAAUCAUUUGGAAAUCGUACAAGAGUAGAUUAUGGCACAGGACAUGAAUUAAAUUUUAUAUUAUUCUUAUAUUCUCUAGUUAAACUUGAGAUUAUUCAAACAGAUGAUUAUUCAGAUCUAGUAUUAGUAGUAUUUUAUCGCUAUUUAUUAAUUAUGAGGAGAUUACAGAUGGUAUAUUUACUAGAACCGGCUGGUUCUAGAGGAGUAUGGGGACUUGAUGAUUAUCAUUUCCUACCUUUUUUAUUUGGAUCUGCACAGUUAAUGAACCCUUUAAACAAAGAAAAAGAAUGUAGUGAUAAUAAAAGUAUAAAUAAAGAUUUUAUAUUACCUGGUAUGGUCCUUGAUAGUGCUAUUAUAUCCCCAUACAGUGAUAAAUAUCUGUAUUUAAAUGCAAUACAAUAUAUCCUCCAAAUGAAAUCCAAUGUACAUUUUGGUGAAUGUUCACCAGUUUUAUAUAGUCUAACAUCUAUACCAACAUGGAAUAAAAUAUAUAUUGGCAUGUUAAAGAUGUAUAAAGCCGAAAUUCUUAACAAAUUACCUGUAGUCCAACAUAUUGUAUUUAGUAAUAUCAUUAAAUUUUCCUAA